UCCAAUAUUGACCCACCUUUUAGACAGAUAAAACCAGGUCAUUUUCCAAGGGUAAAUGCUUCAACCAAUCAAUGCACGCCAUAAUCGUAUACGUCAUCACCUCAGCUCUGUCACCUGCAGGCUGCAGCUGUAAAACACACCUGUGCGCGCGGACUGGGUUGGUGCGGAAACGCGCGCGUGCACAUAGAGCUCAAACUCCGCGCGGCCAUGUGGAGAAUCAUCACGUACCUGAACAGCCCCGAACUGGUGGUGGGUUUUCAGCGCCUCUGCGGCCUGGUACCAGCAGAGUCCUUCUCGCAUGUGAAUCAAAACGGACUCGUGAACGCGAAUGGAUCCGUUAAGGAGACUCCGGUGACGACGCACCGGCGCAAAGCGGAGCAGGUGGCGAACGGGUCACGCGCACACGACAGCAACUCCAACUAUAAAUCCGCCAAUUUACAGAAUGACAACAAAGUCGAAGGUCAUCCCAGGCCACAUUAUGUGGUGAAAAACUGGCUUUUCUACUUCCUGUUUGUGACAUCGGCCACUCUGGGCCAUGAAAUCUUUUACAUCACCUUCCUUCCCUGCAUCCACUGGAACCUCGACCCGUUUCUGUGCCGGCGGCUCGUCAACAUGUGGGUUGUGGUGAUGUACAUUGGGCAGGUGAUGAAGGAUGUUUUAAAGCUGCCGCGUCCUCCGUCUCCCCCGGUGGUCAAACUGGAGACGCGUGUGGAUGCGGAGUAUGGAAUGCCGUCCACACAUGCUAUGGCGGCCACAGCAAUUUCAUUCACACUGCUACUCAGCGCAGAGGAGAGAGUACAGUUCCCGUUUGAGCUGGGAUUGGCUGUGGCUGUGCUCAUGUCUGUGCUGGUGUGUCUGAGUCGUCUGUACACCGGCAUGCACUCUGCUCUGGAUGUGAUUUGUGGCGUUGCAAUAUCAGCCUUCAUCAUUGCUGUUUCGUACCCAUAUUGGGGAACCAUCGACUACUUGCAGCUUCACAACCCGGUUGCCCCCGUGGUGGGAAUGGUUCUGCCCUUGUUCCUAGCCUACACAUACCCCGAGCUGGACCAUUACAGCACCACACGGGGGGACACCACUAUUAUUUUAGCAUGCAGUGCUGGAUGUUCGGUCGGAUACUGGGUUAAUGAGCGAUUGGGGUUGACCUUUUACCUCACAGGGCCUUUUCCAGUCACACUGCCACCUCUCACACUGGCAGCAUUGGGUUGUGGAUUCGCUCGGUUUGUGAUCGGGGUGUUAAUGCUGGUUCUGACCAGACAAACAGUGCGUUUUGUGAGCCUGAGGGUGCUUUGUUGGAUUUUCGGAGCUUCUGCGAGUGACCCUGAAGCACGCAAAAGGAAAGAGAUCGAAGUGCCGUAUAAGUUCACCACAUAUGUGGCCAUCGGAUUGGUCAACAGCAUCCUGGUGAACAGAUUGUUUGUGAAGAUGGGACUCUGGGAUUUGGGAGAUUCUGUGUAAUUUCUCAGCGUUUACAGGCAAGUCAGAGCAGAAUCCCAUUCCGUGAUUUAUUCUCAGGGAGAAUUUUUUUUAAGUGUUUGUUUAGGAAUGGUAAGAACAUUUAUAUUCUCAGGAGAUAUUAAAUCUACUAGAUUAAACAUCCAAAUAUUGUCAGAUUUUAAAAUUUAAGAUUUUUGAAAAAAUUUUUAAAGUUUUAUUUAUACAUUGUAAAACACAUUACAAAAAUAUACAAAUAGGACAAAUCAAAUCAAAUCAUUUUUGUCACAUCAUCAGCAGCACAUGUGCUAUGGU